CGCGCUCCUAAUCGCCUUGGGGCCCCGAGGAAGACGGUAGCCGAUGUUGCGACCGUAGCUUUCGUCCUCCGCCCUGCCAUUUCACCUCUGUCCAUGGAGAGCCCAUCAUGGCUCCUCCGCUUGGGUUUGACACGGAGCAGAUUAGAGACAAGUCCAGGAAGGACCUGCUCUACCUUCUCUCGGUAGUCCAGGGCAAGAAGAACCUCGUCAUCGAGCAGAGCCUCGCUGGCCCCAUCGGAACGGUCGUCAAGGUACAAACCUUGCAGGACUACGGUGUCGAUAAGUUCUUCUUUUUAGAAAGCAACAACGUCUCGACUUCCCAGAGGAACGUUGUCUUCAUCGCCCGCAAUGCCCAUGCUCAGGAAAUCGCAAACCAGAUAAGACGAUUGCAGCGUGAGAGCCAGACACCUCAUGAGUUCCACAUCUUCUGGGUGCCGCGACGUACCAUAGUCUCCGACAAGAUCCUUGAAGAGUCAGGUGUGCUCGGCGACGUCAACAUCUCGGAGCUUCCCCUGUACUUCUUCCCGCUAGAGCGAGACGUCCUCUCUCUUGAACUCGAAGAUGGGUUCAAGGAUCUAUACCUGUCGAAGGACCCUACCCCAACCUUCCUGCUCGCCCAAGCCCUGAUGGGCAUCCAACUUAAACACGGCUUGUUCCCCCGCAUCACGGGCAAGGGCGACGGUGCCAAGAGGGUGGCCGAGCUGCUCUCUCGUAUGAGACAGGAGCUUCUGGCCGGUGAGGUGGCUAGUGAACCCGACAAGAGCGGACUCAGCCCGAGCACGACAACCGAAGGCGUCAUCAUCAUCGACCGCGAGGUCGACAUGGUCACACCCCUUCUAACCCAACUGACAUACGAGGGCUUAAUUGAUGAGGUCUUUGGCAUUCAGAACAACCAGACUGAAGUCGACUCGACCAUCGUUGGCGGUGCGCAACAAGCCGCUCAGAGCGCAUCAGCAGCACCGGCAUCCAGUAACCAGUCGAGAAGACGCAAAGUCCAGUUAGACUCGUCAGACACCAUGUACGAUCAGCUCCGAGACACGAAUUUUGCCAUCGUCGGCAAUCUUCUCAACAAGGUCGCCCUACGCAUUCAAAAGGAUCUAGACAGCCGGCAUACGACCAAAACAACAGCAGAAUUGACAGACUUUGUGCGGAAACUGCCAGGCUAUCAAGCAGAGCAGGCUAACCUCAAGAUACACACGAACCUCGUGGAAGAGAUCAUCAAAUACACACGCACCGACCAAUUCAGCAAGCUUCUCGAAGUUCAACAAAACCUUGCGGCAGGCGCAGAUCCGUCGUCUCAGUUCGACUCGAUCGAGGAAUUGGUUGCUCGUGACGCCCCGCUACCCGAGGUGCUUCGGCUUUUGUGCAUCUACUCCUGCAUCUCUGGCGGCAUCAAAACCAAAGAACACGAUCAAUUACGCAAACUGGUCUUGCAAGGUUACGGAUACCAGCACCUUCUGACCCUGCACAACCUGGAGAGACUACAGCUCUUCCUCCCCAGAUCCUCGCCCAUGGCGUCGAUGAUUCCAAUGGGUGGUUCCACGGGCACAGCUGGUGAAAAGACCAACUAUUCGACCUUGCGGAAAUCCCUGCGGCUCAUCGUAGAUGAGGUCAACGAGCACAACCCGAACGACAUAGCAUACGUGUACAGCGGGUAUGCCCCGUUGUCAAUACGGCUGGUUCAAUGCAUAAUCCAGAAGCAGUAUUUGCUCUCCAUGACCAAAGGCAACGGCGUAUCAGGUGCUGCAGUUGCGAGCUCCGGCAGUCAUGGCUGGAGGGGUUUUGAAGAGGCGGCCAAGCACGCGCGGGGCCAGACGUUUGAUGAGCUUCAAAAAGGAGAGGACAAGGCAGUCAAGGCCCGGGCGCUACUUUCUGGAAACGGGCAGAAGAAAACAGUGUUUGUUGUGUUCGUGGGUGGAAUCACCUUCACAGAGAUUGCAGCGCUGCGCUUCAUUGCAAAGCAGGAAGAAGCCCGAAGAAACAUUGUCAUUUGUACGACCUCGAUUAUAAGCGGGAACAAGAUGAUGGCCACGGCGAUUGAGAAGAAUUCAUUCGGACAGCCCGCUCGUCCUGCGGCAGGGGCAACGCAAUGAAGAGGGCACGAAGGUGCAGGGCAGCACUGCCUGCGCCUCGUACCGAGGCAAUUUGGCCGCCGGGCUGUUACUUGUCUGGCAGGCAUUGCCAAACCAACUGAGUCGUAGAGGACUAGAAAGAGGAGCAAUACAGAAACCCCAAGUCUCCGAGAGGCGGGUACAUCCAGAUUUACACAUCACGUGAUUCGCC